GUAAAAUUAAACAAGUUACUGCUUGAUCACACAAACUUCCAUAAACAGAAUUUAUUCAGACGCUUUAGACGAUUGUGAAUCAACUUAAUGUUUAGAUGAAGCUGUGUUGUGGAGUGAUGGAGUUCAUUUGUGUGACUCUGAUGAUUAUUAUUGGAAUCACAGAUUCAACAGCAGAUCAGUUUGCUGUUGUGGGACCUGUAGCUCCUCUACUCGCUAUACCCGGUGAAGAUGUGAUUCUGCCCUGUUCUCUUAAACCAAACAUCAGUGCUGUAGACAUGAGAGUCGAGUGGUCUAGACUUGAUCUCAAAGACUCAGUAGUUCAUCUUUAUGAAGAUCAUGAAGAUAAAAACACAAAUCAGCUUCAAUCGUACAGAGAAAGAACUGAAGUGUUUAAAGAUGAACUACAGAAAGGAAACACAUCACUCAAACUCUCAAGAGUUCAGAUCUCUGAUGAAGGACUUUAUAAGUGUUUUAUUGAGUAUAAAUCCUGGAGUGAUGACAUCACUGUUGAUCUCAAAGUUGAAGAAACUGUAGGAAGGCCUCCACUCAUCACUGUAGAUGGAUUUGAUGUUUCUGGUGGACUUCAUCUUCAGUGUGAAUCUAAAGGUUGGUACCCUGAACCUGAACUUGUGUGGCUGGACAGUGAAGGAGUUACUUUGACAUCUGAAACUACAGACAAACAGAGAGAGACAGAUGGAUUCAGAGUGAAACGCAUGAUCACUGUAUAUAACAGAGACAGUAAAUAUCACUGUAGAGUCAAACUGGGACGUCACAUGAUGGAGACUGAGAUUAUUACAUCAAGUAAAAUGUUUAACUCUUUGAGGUCAUCAGUGAUCUUGAUUUCUUUUGUAUCUGUGCUCGGUGUGAUCGCUGGAUUACUGAUCGCUGUGUUCAUCUAUAGACACAGAGAACAACAAAGAAAGGAUAAGAGACUAAAGAGUGAAGAUCAGAGACUACAGAGAAAGAAACAGAUUGAGGAAGAGAGACUAAAGAGUGAAGAUCAGAGACUAAAAAAUGAACGUCAGAGAUUUUCACUAAGAGAGAAGGGGACUGUUAAAAGUGUGAAAUCACUGUUAAGAAAAUAUGCAGUGAAUGUGACUCUGGAUCCUGAUUCAGCUCAUCCACGUCUCAUUGUGUCUGAUGAUGGGAAACAAGUGAGAUAUGAAAAACAAUCAGGAACAGAGAAGGAUGAAGAUCAAAAGUCAAAUAACAAGUUUAACACAGAGCUCUGUGUUCUUGGAAAUGAAGGAUUCACUUCAGGGUGUUUUUACUAUGAGGUGGAGGUGAAGGGGUUAACUUGGUGGUUUGUGGGUGUGGCCAGAGAAUCUGUUGAGAGAAAGGGGUCGAUCCUGCUGAAUCCUGAGAAUGGAUACUGGAUGUCUGGUUUGAGAGGAGGGUAUCAGGCUAGUGAGGGUUCUUCAUCUGUCUCUCUUCCACUGAGUUUGGCGCCUCAGAGAGUCGGGGUGUUUGUGGAUUAUGAGGAGGGUCGAGUCUCUUUUUAUGAUGUGGAGUCUAUGUGUCAUAUCUACUCUUUUACUGAACAAUCUUUUAAUGAGAAACUAUAUCCUGUCGUUUCUUUAGGUUAUAUAACAUCUAAAAACUCUGCACCACUCAUUAUCUGUGAUCUCUAAUGAGAUUUGAUCUAAAAAUAUAAAUUCCCUCAAGAUAUUUGUGUAAAUUGAAAUUGUAUACACAUGGUUAUGUGUCAUUUUCAGAAACAUGUGAUGAUGAAUGAUGAUGGUAGUUUUU